AUUUUUCUUUUUGCAGUUUUAUGUAAUAAAUUUCCACCCUAAAACCCUAAACCCUUCUCUCGGAUUGGAUUUUUCACACAAAACACACACACACAGAGUCCCAAAGCCCUAAAACCCUAAACAAUGAAAAAACCCAAAUCUAGGAACUUCCGAAAGCAGAACCGCCUCUCGGAAACCCAAGAAAUCGAGCUCCUGAACUCAUGGAUCCAGUCCCAGAAACCCGACUCGGGAUCCAACCCCAUAUCGCUGCCCCCACUGCCCUCGAACGAACCCAUAGGCCGCCUCGAGGACGCGUCGUUUUCGCGGUACGCCGGCGCCACGAAGUUCGAUCAGCUCCCGAUUUCGCAGAGGACCAGAGAUGGCCUGCGCGAUGCCAAGUACGUUGAAAUGACCGAUAUCCAGAGGGCUUCUCUGCCGCACGCGCUCUGCGAGAGGGAUAUUCUUGGCGCGGCGAAGACUGGGUCGGGAAAGACUCUGGCUUUUGUUAUUCCGAUCCUUGAGAAGUUAUAUAGAGAGAGGUGGGGUCCUGAGGAUGGGGUAGGCAGUAUCAUCAUAUCUCCUACACGGGAAUUGGCUGGUCAACUGUUUGACGUGUUGAGAUCUGUAGGAAAGCACCAUAAUUUCAGUGCUGGUCUCCUAAUUGGUGGUCGCAAGGAUGUUGACACUGAGAAGGAGCGAGUACAUGAGCUCAACAUAUUGGUUUGCACUCCCGGUCGGCUUCUUCAGCACAUGGAUGAGACACCAAACUUUGAAUGUUCCCAGCUUCAGGUUUUGGUCCUUGAUGAGGCAGAUCGUAUUCUUGAUGUUGGAUUUAAGAAGGCUUUAAAUGCUAUUAUCUCGCAGCUACCUAGGAAUAGACAAACCUUGCUGUUCUCAGCUACUCAAACAAAGUCAGUUCAGGAUCUUGCAAGACUCAGUUUGAAGGACCCAGAGUAUCUCAGUGUGCAUGAGGAGUCUGUGACUGCCACUCCCAAUCGCCUGCAGCAAACUGCUAUGGUUGUUCCUCUUGAAGAGAAGUUAGACAUGUUGUGGAGUUUCAUAAAGGCACAUCUUAAUUCAAAGAUCCUAGUGUUUCUUUCGAGUUGCAAACAGGUAAAAUUUGUCUUUGAAGCAUUUAAGAAACUGCGUCCUGGAAUACCCUUAAAAUGUCUUCAUGGGAGAAUGAAGCAGGAGAGAAGGAUGGGAAUAUAUUCAGAGUUUUGUGAGAUGCGCUCUGUUCUUUUUUCAACUGAUGUGGCCUCAAGAGGCCUUGAUUUUAAUAAGGCAGUUGACUGGGUUGUCCAGCUGGAUUGUCCAGAAGAUGUUGCAUCUUACAUACACAGAGUUGGUCGCACUGCUCGCUAUCAUUCUGGAGGGAGGUCUGUUUUAUUUCUGUUGCCCUCGGAAAUGAAAAUGCUUGAAAAAUUACAAGCAGCAAAAGUACCCAUACAAUUUAUUAAGGCAAAUACUAAAAGACUGCAACCUGUUUCUGGGUUGUUGUCAGCAUUGUUAGUCAAGUAUCCAGAUAUGCAGUAUCUGGCUCAAAGGGCCUUUGUGACAUAUUUGCGAUCUAUUCAUAUUCAGAAAGAUAAAGAAAUUUUUGACGUGAUAAAACUGCCUAUUGAUGAGUUUUCAGCGUCAUUGGGUCUACCAAUGACUCCUAAAAUCCGUUUCUUGAAGCAGAAAGUCAAGUCAAAAACAGAGUCAGAGAAAUCUUCUCUUCUCGAAACAGAAAACUCCAAUGAUGAGAAUGUGCUGGAGAGUCCAAAAGAGAAGCUAGAUAUUGGUGAUAUAGAUGAAGAGGAAGUGAGCAAAGGUUUUCUUCUGGAAAAGGAUACACCAAACGACGAAGAAGGGAAAACUAGUGAAAUUGGAGACGUUAGGCCUACAACACGGAUUUCAAAGAAAAAGAAAUUGAAGAUUAGUAUCCAUAGACCAACAGGUACUAGGGUUGUCUUUGAUGAGGAAGGCAAUGCAGUAGCCCCGCUUGCUAUGGUGGCUGACACAAAGAGUGGCAAUGAAUCAUUUCUGAUUGACCAAGGCAAAAAGAAAGAAUAUUAUAACAAGAUGAGGGAAGAGAUGAAGCACGCGGACAAAGAAGACAAGGUACUAGAUCACCAGCGUCGUAGAGAGCAACGGAUCAAGAAGAAGAUGAAGUUGAAAAGAGGAGCUUUGGAAGACGAAGACAGUCAGGAAGAACUUUCUGGUUCAGAAGAGGAAGCAACACGAGACAGACCCCGUAAAAAGUCAAAGAUAUAUUAUGAUAGUGAUAGUGAUGAUGAUGGGGAGAGAAAACAAAACAAGGAUUCCAUGACCCUGGAGGAGCAAGAAGCAGUUGCUCUCAAAUUACUAAAUUCGAUGCACUCCUAACUUAUAGGAUAUAGCCAGCUUAAGUUGAGCUUCAUUCAUGUCUUCAAUUAUUCUGGUUCAAAUAGAAUAUACUUCUCUUCCUGUGUUGUUGUGGUUGGAGCAUUGUAUACAAAGAAGUUUCUCUUUUUCAUUUGAAAA